AUGGCCUCGCGGCUCCUGCACCGGCUGCGGCACGCCCUGACCGGCGACGGCCCCGGGGAGGCGGCGGCCGGCCCCGAGGCUGAGCAGUUCCCGGAGAGCUCGGAACUGGAGGACGACGAUGCCGAGGGCCUGUCGUCCCGCCUCAGCGGCACCCUGAGCUUCACCAGCGCCGAGGACGACGACGAGGAGGACGGCGAGGACGACGACGACGGUGACCCCGACCCGCUGUCCGCUGGCGACCGGGUGGCGGGAGAAGACGCAGAAAGGAGUCCCCCACCUGAUGGGCAGCGGGGCAGUCAGCUCCUGACCCGGCAGUUGCAAGAUUUCUGGAAGAAGUCCAGGAACACCCUGGUACCCCAGCGGCUGCUCUUUGAGGUGACCAACGCCACCGUGGUUAAGGACCCGCCCUCCAAGUACGUGCUCUACACCCUCGCCGUGAUGGGCCCGGGGCCACCGGAUAGCCCGCCGGCCCAGAUCUCCCGCCGCUACUCGGACUUUGAGCGGUUGCACCGAAACCUGCAGCGGCAGUUCCGCGGCCCCAUGGCUGGUAUCUCCUUCCCCCGCAAGCGCCUGCGCCGGAACUUUACAGCCGAGACCAUCGCCCGCCGCAGCCGGGCCUUCGAGCAGUUUCUGGGCCACCUCCAGGCUGUGCCCGAGCUGCGGCAGGCCGCGGACCUGCAGGACUUCUUCGUGCUGCCCGAGCUGCGGCGGGCACAGAGCCUCACCUGCACCGGCCUCUACCGCGAGGCCCUGGCGCUCUGGGCCAACGCCUGGCAGCUACAGGCCCAGCUGGGCAUCCCCUGUGGUCCAGACCGACGUCUGCUGACCUUGGCAGGGCUGGCCGUGUGCCACCAGGAGCUGGAGGACGCUGGGGAGGCCCGGGCAUGCUGUGAGAAGGCCCUGCAGCUGCUGGGGGCCAAGAACCCGCACCCUCUGCUGGCCCCCUUUCUGGAGGCCCACGUGCGGCUCUCCUGGCGCCUGGGCCUGGACAAACGCCACUCUGAGGCCCGGCUCCAGGCCCUGCAGGAGGCAGGCCUGACCCCCACACCACCCCCCAGUCUUAAAGAGUUACUCAUCAAGGAGGUGCUGGACUAG